AUGAGGCUGCAUGGGCAGCGGGGCUCGAGGGCGCACCAGCUCUCGGCGGGCGGGGCGAAACGCGCGUGGACGCCCGAAGAGGAUGCCGUGCUGCUCGCCAUGAUCGAGAAGCACGGCCCGCGGAACUGGAGCUUGAUUUCCGAGAGUUUACCGUGGAGGAGCAGCAAGAGCUGCCGGCUUAGGUGGUGCAACCAGCUCUCGCCCGACGUGCGCAAGGACCCGUUCACCCGCGAGGAAGGCCUAAUCAUUCUCCGCUGCCACGCCAAGCUCGGCAACCGCUGGGCGGACAUCGCCAAGCACCUCCCCGGCAGGACCGACAACGCCAUCAAGAACCACUUCAACUCAACGCUCCGCCGAAACUUCCCCCAGCUGUGCAACCCCGACGGAGCACCAGGCGACGACGACGUGCCGCUGCACAGCCCGGGCGGCCCCGGGACCGAGCCCGGCGCGCCCACCGCCAGCCUGCCCUCCGAGAACGAAGCGCGCAACACCAUGAUCUCGGCCGCCGCGCUCGCCGCCCUCGGCUGCGCGCCACCGCCUGCCGUUGGCACCGUGGCGGCGGAGCUCCCCGGGCUCGCCGCGGAGGCGCCGGCCGAGCCGCCCGCGAAGCGCCGGCGCGUCGCGCCCGUGCCGAGGUACUCUCCGCGCCUCCCCGCGGGCCGCGAGGCGUCGCUGUCGGCGUCGUCCGGCGACGACGGGGACGACGAGGGCGCCGACGACGACGACAGCGACUACAGCGUCGACGGCGACGACAGCGUGCCGCGGUCGACGUCCCCGAGCUCGCAGGGCGACGCCGGCGUCGAGGACGGCGGCCCCGCGGGCCCGCUGACGUGGCGCGUGCGCCGCCCGCGGCAGCCGCGCACCCGAGCACCGGGCGCCGUGGCACGCCCGGGCGCCGGCGCCCCCGCGGGCGGGCUGGCGCGGAACGGGAACGGGAACGGGAGCACGAGCGGCAGCGAGGGCCCGAAGGGCCCGCCGCCCGUGCACGCGAACGCGGCGCCGGCCGCCGGGGCGGGCCUGGCGGAGGCGCCGGCCCCGCAGGGGGCGCAGCAGGUGGGCAUGACGGGCAGCCUGCAGAGCCUCGCGGCGCUCCUGGGCCCGCUGAUCAACCUGCAGCAGGCGCUCGCGCUGUCGUCGCUCGCGCCCGGCGCCGCGGUGCUGAACACGGACGCGCUGUCGGCGGGCCUGUGCCAGCUCAGCACCAUGGCGGGCGGCGGGGCCGCGCAGGCGUGCGGGCGCGACCAGCUCAUGCAGGCGAUGAUGCAGGCGAUCGGCGGCGCGGCGCUGGCGAUGACGCCGCUCAACGACGUGCUCGCGCGCACUGGCAAGCGCACGGACGGCGCGGGGGGGGGGUACCCGCCGCCGGGGCUGAGCCAGCAGCCGCUCAGCCUGCUGUCCGCGCUGCUGCCGGCCGGGAUGGCGUCGAUCCAGCGCAUGUCGGCGGAGUCCGUGCAGGCGAACGCGUCGGGCGGGGGCUCGGGGGGCAACAACAACGGCUCCGGCAACGACGGCUCGAACAACAACAACGACGGCUCCAAGGGCGGCGCGAACAAGGAGUCCGGCGACGGAUCCGGGAAGUCCGGCGGGUCCGGCGGGCCGUCGGUGCGGCUGGCGGAGGUGCCCGGCACCAACGUGACGGGCGCCACGGCCCCGCUGGUGUCGAACGCGACGGCGCCGAACGGCGCGCUGCCGCCGCACGGGCACGGGCGCCACGCGCACCAGCACGGGCGCCACGUGCACCUGCACGUGCUCGGGAAGGGCUCGAGCGGGACUGCGCUGUCGCCGCUGCAGCACCUCGCGGGCCCGAAACACCCCCGGGCGCGCCCCGAGGAGCGCUCGUCCGACGGCGAGGCGUCCCCCUUCGAAGCCGCCCCCGCCGGCUCCGCGCAGGUGCGCGCCGGCAACGAGCAGCCGUGA